AUGUUGUCUCUCACCAAUUCAUUAUUCUACAGGCGGGAAGUAAUAGUCACAUCUGCUGUCUUAACAUGUGAGGUCAUAAAGGUGAUCUGUGCUCUUCUUCUCAUGGCCAAAGAUGGGACUUUGAAAAAAGUGUUUAAAGAGUGGACAUUAGCUGGAUCACUGACUGCAUCAGGUUUACCAGCUGCUAUCUAUGCAUUGCAGAAUAGCUUGUUGCAGAUUUCGUACAAAAACCUUGAUUCUCUCACAUUCUCAAUGCUGAAUCAGACCAAACUAUUUUUCACUGCGUUUUUCACCUAUACGCAAAAGCAGUCAAGCCAACAGAUUGGAGAUCUCUUCUUGUUAAUACUAGCGGCUGUUCUUUUAAGUGUUGGUGAGGGUUCCAGCAACGCUUCAAGCAGUAGUAAUCCUGAGGAAAUCUUAUUUUAUGGAAUUGUAUCUGUCCUGGUAGCUUCUGUGCUCUCUGGUCUCGCUUCUGCUUUGUGUCAGUGGGUGUCUCAGAUAGGCCAAAUGAUCCCUGUGACACUCAAUGCUGUUGGUGGAACUCUGGUGGGGCUUGUGACAUCAUAUGCGGGUGGUGUUCGUAAGGGAUUUGUCGUGGUUUCUGCACUCCUUGUCACUGCGAUGCUACAGUUUAUAUUUGAUGGCAAACCACCUUCUGUUUUCUGUCUUGUGGCGCUUCCACUUGUAAUUACAAGCAUAUUGAUUAAUCAGAAGUAUCCACGUACCGCGUUAAAGCAAAGGAGUCAUGAUCCAUUAUAG